AUGCUGACGCACACGUUUAAUAAAGGCUGGAAGAGGGUGUUUCCAUGUAAUUAUUGGUUUGCGCUUUCAAACAACGCCACAUUCCGUACAUACGUGAGUACGUCCAUAAAUGAUACACCGAAAACCAAACAAGUAAAUGGCGUCGUGAACGAGAUUAAGACAGCACCGUAUGAGAGAGAAUUCAACCACUUUGGCAUAGAAACGCUUCCACGUUGGCUUCAUGAACAAUUAUUCCACAACCGUCCGUCCCCAUCUCAAAAUUGCCUUAGAAUAGCAUCUGAUCAUCUCUUGAAGAACAAUAUAUUGAUCAAGAAUGACAAUACGCCUGCUCCGAUCCCUCAAUUCAAGCUGCCCAAAAUUGUUGGUGCAUCAAUUGCCCACCACUUUUACAACAUAGCAAAUCAACAAGCAGAACCGAUUAGCCUUGCUCGAGAAUUUUCCAAGUCUAACAUACCUGAAGCUCCAAAUCGCGGUCAAUGGCAAUUUAGAGCGGGUUGGACAAAAUACUAUAAUGAUAAAAACGAACCAGUUGAAUAUCCAGAUGAAGAAAGUCUAUGUUUUGACGUCGAAACAAUGGUUAGAGACAGUAAUUUUCCUGUGAUCGCAUGCGCUGCAUCUUCAACUGCAUGGUAUUCAUGGGUCUCACCUCGGCUUAUAGAAUACUUGGAAUAUAAAACUUCGAAUGAAUCACUAUAUCCAUCGCGUGGCUGCUCACCCUCUCUUACCGAGCAUUUAAUUCCGCUUGGUGAAAGCGAUCAACAGAGAAUAAUAGUUGGACAUUGUGUUGGAUAUGAUAGAGCAAGAGUUAAAGAGAUGUAUUCUCUAACAUCUCCCAAUCUUCACUUUCUGGAUACGGCUGCUCUACAUAUUGCAGUGACUGGAUUAUGUAAAACAUGCCCGUCAUGGCUAAAGACAGACAAGCUGUGGGAAACAUAUGAUACCAACCAAUCAAAGGAAUUUCAUGCGCUAUACGAUCUUAGCCUUGUUAGCAGUCUUCGUGAAGUAUAUUCAUGUUAUUUUUCUGACAAACUAGAUAAAUUACCACGUAACGUAUUUGUUGAGGGGAGUUUGGAUGAUCUAAUAGUCGAGAAGACCUUUCAGGAGCUUAUGUCUUAUUGUGCUAAGGACGUAACAGUGACUUAUAAGGUAUUUCAGAAAUUAUUGCCGAAGCAUCUGGUUAAAUGCCCGCAUCCAGCGUCGUUUGUGGGCAUGAUGCACAUAUCAGAUGCAUUUUUGACAACGAACAGUGAUUGGAAUAAAUACAUAAACAAUGCGGACAUUAUAUACAAGGAACAAAUGGACACUAUAGAAAGAAUGUUCCAGCAGUUAGCAGACGAAGCUGUGAAAGUUGAUCCAUCCCAUGCAAUGAACGAUCCAUGGUUGCAGCAAUUAGAUUGGUCGACAGCAGCGCCGUCAAGGAUAGCACCUAUACUCCUCCGUCUCAAAUGGAAAGGAUAUCCCGUUUAUCAUACAAAUACUUUCGGAUGGACUUAUCGAGUUCCUAUUAAUGAUUCAAAAUUCAAAGAACUAGUUCCGCCCUGCACUUGGCCAGCUUCAUCGCUGUCACCAUCUUACGAGCCAAAAUAUGGCAAGGACACGACUGGAAGAUAUUAUCCUAUUUCUUAUGACGGUAGUGAUAGCUUAAAAUGUCCAUCACCGCUUUCUCGCUAUUUUCUACCUGAAAUCGAAUCAGGAACACUUUCAUCUGACUCAACUACAGCUAAAUCAAUUCUCCGAGCUUAUGCUUCGUGUUCCUACUGGAAGAUGAACGAAGAUAGAAUAAAGUCAACGGUAAUAGUCUACAAUACGAAAAGUAACGGAGUGAAGUCUGGAAUGAUACUUCCAAUGGUUAAACCACUGGCGACAAUCACUCGUAGACCGAGGGAGCAUCUGUGGAUGUCGGCCAAUGAGCUACACAAAGAACGCAUUGGGUCAGAAUUAAAAGCUCUAAUUCAACCGCCGGAUGGGUACAAAAUUAUAGGCACUAGACUAUCAUCUCUGGAAUUAUGGAUUUAUGGUCUUUUGGGAGACGCUCAGUUUGGUAUACAUGGAGCUUCGGCUAUGAGUUGGAUGUUAUUACAAGGAGGCACAUCGGUUACCUCGAAUCUGCAUACACGAGCUGCCAAUAUCAUGAAGGUAUCUGAUAGACAAGCAGAAGUUAUCAAUAAUGCAAGAACACUUGGAAGUGAUGAGAAUUUUCUUACGCAGAUGAUUAAGAAAUAUAAUAAAAAUAUUAGUGAAGAAGAAGCUAAAUCACUAGCAAAGAAAUUUAUUAAAUGUACGACUGGUUUAAAGUGGAACGCUGCAAAUGCCCAGGUGAAUGUUCAGUGGUCAAGCCAACCAAAAAGCCAAUCAUCCACCAAAUUACGAUCAACACCAAAGAGUACCAGUCUGUUUGUUGGUGGAAGCGAGAGUUAUACAAUCAAUACACUCAAUAGCAUAAACAGAUCCUCCAAGCCAUGUACACCAUUUUUAGGCUCCUGCCUUACAGAAGCAUUGAAUCAGGCAUGCCUGAAAAAAGAGCAUUUGUCGUUGCGUCUAAACUGGUUAAUCCAGUCAUCAACUGUUGAUUAUAUUCAUUUAAUGCUGGUUGCUAUGAAAUACCUGAUAGAUACAUUUGAUAUCAAAGCAAGAUUUAUGCUACUGUCACAGGAUGAAUUAAAGUAUCUUGUUAAAGAAGAAGACAGUUAUAGAGCAGCAUUAGCUUUACAAGUGAGUCAUUUGUGGACAAGGGCGUUCUUUAGCUACAUGCUGGGAAUUGAGGACUUACCUCUGAAUGUAGCAUUUUUAUCAAGCAUAAAUUUUGACAAUGUUCUUCGCAAUGACAUUGGUGCAAAUUGCAACACACUCUCAUAUGUACCAGUCAACACACCCAAUGGAACUAGUGUCUCCAUUCAUGACAUUCUACAACAUCAAACUUCUCUUGAAUUAGACAAAAUGUCUGUUCACAGACAAGAAAGUAAUAUUUCAGCUGUCCCAGGCAUAAGUGCACAAAAUGAGUGCCUGUUGCAUCAAAAAAAACCAUUGGUGAAUGACUUGGUUUUGAAGAUACAGUCACUGUCUUCUGCACGAGAGAUUGAAACUUUUCUGAAGCAGCACAAUAAGAAGGCUAAUGAGCCUGCACAGGCUUUCAUAAAUAUUGCACCACUCGUGACAAAGAAAUUAAGCUAUGAUUUUUUAAUUAACUAA